UUAAACAAAAGGUAAUCCUCCAAUAGAAAGAUAUGUACACAGGACACUCAGACAAACACCAAACAAAAAAACAAUAAAAGUACAUAAAAGACCUCCUCCCGGCCAUUACUUCAUCACCUCUCAAGCAACCCCAAAUUAGAUCUCAACAUAAACAGAGAAGGGGGUUGAUUGAUAGAGUGUGUCAGAGUGAUCAAUGGCAAGAGAAAAGAUAAAGAUACGGAAGAUAGACAAUGCAACAGCCAGGCAAGUGACGUUUUCCAAGCGGAGGAGAGGGUUGUUCAAGAAGGCACAGGAGCUCGCCAUUUUGUGUGACGUUGACGUUGGCCUUAUCAUCUUCUCCCCCUCUGGAAAGCUCUUUGAAUACGCCAGCUCAAGCAUGUGCGAGAUUCUUCAUAAACAUAGUACACAUGCUGAAGACCCUUUGAAGCCAAGCCAACAAGCUCUUGACUUUCUUACAGGCAAUGGUCCCGAUGCGGGUUUGAAGAAAGAAUAUGCUGAUAAAAUGCGUCAGUUAAGACAAAUGAGAGGAGAAGACCUGCAAGGACUAACUUUAGAGGAGUUAAUGCAUCUUGAGAGAACAAUUGAUGUUGGAUUAACUCGUGUGCUACAAACGAAGGAACAACAAAUAAUGGAACAGUUAAACAGACUUCAGCAAAAGGGAAUGCAACUCCUGGAGGACAAUCAGAAGCUAAAAGAAAAGGUGGAGGGGAUGUGCAUGACUGAGAAGCAGGCUUUGAUUGAUCAUGAACCAGUGAAUGGCUCACAUGAAGAUGGCCAAUGUUCCUCUGAUUCAGUUCCACAACAUUGUGAUCACACUUCUGAUACAUCACUUAAACUUGGCCUACCAUGAUUCAACUGGAAGUGAAGAAGCAUAUAUGGCCAUGAUGGUGGGAGUGGCAUCCAUAUCCUUUAAAAGUAAUUACUGCAUAUGAUGUCUGGUUUUUUAGUAGUGAAAUGACUUAAGUGGUACUCCAUUUAUCUGCAAUUUGAAGCAUGUUUCAUUGGUUGAGGACAAAGUGGGCAUCACUGUUGCCACAAAACAUCUCUGUCGGAGAAUUUAUGACCCUUUGAUAUAAGUGAAACUAUUGGUACCAGAGCGUUGAAUUAA